AUGUCCUCGGCUGAACUUGGACAAUUAGCAUGUUUCCAAAUCUUAAAUGGAAGCACAAGUUACGCUAUUACACGUAAUAUUCUACGAAUAACUACUAGUAUUACUCAUGAUUUCGUUUGGAAUGAUCGUAACACGGAGCAACUUGAUGAAACUCAAAAGAUUAGGUUCGCAGUUCCAAUCCAAGAUUUACUUCCUAAAUUAUAUAUUCGUGUCAUAUCUUAA